CCUUCGCUCCUGGCUCGGGAGGCACCGCCGGCGAUACACCCCUCGCUCGGGAUGGGGCACCGGGGGACACCUCACCGGCUGUAGCCGGCGAUCCCGGUGGGAAGAGGAGCCCAUCGCCCUCCCGCUGCACGGCCAGAGCCCGGGGGAUGCGCUGCAGGAGCCCGAGCUGACCCAGCUUCAAAGAUGUGACUCAUGGCACCUCCAGCACAAAGAUCAGGAGCAGUUUCUGGGUUGAUGCAAGAGCCCCACAGGACACGAGGAAGAUGAGGAGGGGAGGAACCUGGCUGGGUCUGCCCCUGGGACACCUGCUGGCUCUGGGACACAGGCACAAAUGGAGAACCAUGAUGGAUUUCAGAAAGUUCAGGCUGUUUUUUUGCCUCCUCGGGCUCAGCUGUGGCAGCUUCUGGUUUUUUUACAACUGGACCGAGUUCUGCGUGUUCUGUGAGAACAGCCAAGGUUACCUGUUCCCCACAGAGCCUUUCAGGAGGAUAGAAGGAAACUUCUCCCACCCAGACGUAGACUGCCACAAGAACCUCCUUUCCCGUCUGCUUGUGGCAUCCUCGUGCCAGCACCGGGAUGCCAGGAUGGCCAUCAGGCAGACCUGGGGCAAGGAGAGGACGGUCGCCGGGAAGCGCCUGGUGACGUAUUUCCUCCUGGGAAGCACUGUGGAUCCCAGCCAGCAGGCUGACAUCGCUGCUGAGGGCCAAAAGUACGGAGACAUCAUCCAAAAGAACUUCACAGACACUUACUACAACCUGACUCUGAAGACCAUGAUGGGAAUGGAGUGGUGGGUUCACAGGUUUUGUCCCCAGUCCAGCUUCGUGAUGAAAACGACACAGACUGUUGUCAACGUUUUUUACCUCACUGAGCUGCUUCUAAGGAAGGAGAAGGCCACUGGGUUCACAGGCUUUUUAAAACUGCAUGAGUACCCCAUAAGGAGAAGAGGGAGCAAGUGGUAUGUGAGUAGGGAAGAGUAUCCGGGAAAGACCUACCCACCCUUCUGUUCUGGGACUGGAUACGUUUUAUCCAGUGACGUUGCCAGUCAGAUCUAUCAUGUUUCUGAGAGCGUUUCGUUCAUUAAGCUGGAGGAUGUGUUCAUAGGACUGUGCCUUGCCAAAUUAAAAAUUAGGCUGGAGGAGCUCCACUCAGAGCAGACGUUUUUUCCAGAAAGGAUCAGGUUCUCCGUUUCCCGCUUUAAGAAAAUCGUGAUGUGCCACGAAGUGGAACCACCCGAGCAGCUGAGCUACUGGAACCACUUGGUGACAGAAAACCAUGGAGAGGUGCUCUAGCACCUUCCCUGCUGGAAUUAACACACUGAAAUGCUCUGCUUUUACAGGGCUGCUCUUGACCCCAGCAAAACUCCCAAUUAACUCCAGGUCCAGGACGUUAGAGACUUUUUAAAUGGCUAUUUUAAUCGUAGAAUUAUUAAGGUUGGAAGAGACCUCCAAGAUCAUCAAAUCCCCCCUUGGACCUUAUCAACUAAACCAUUGUGCUGAGUGCCAUAUCCAGUCAUUCCUUGAACACCUCCAGGGAUGGGGACUCCACCACGUCCCUGGGCAGCCCCUUC